AAUCGCCUCUUCCGGACCCUCUUUGGACGCAGUGGCUGUUGUGUGUGCGCCUCCAUCCUUCCUUCUCUCUUCUUCCUCUUCGCUUGGCUAGGGUUUCUAGGGGGGUUUUGCAGCCUCCAUACUUGACUUCUCAACCCUUCUCUUGAGUAUCCGGAGCUGGAUUCGUCAUCGUUCUUCAUCAGAUUCUCGAUGUGUCGUUGGUUCACCGGCUUUGUUGAUUAGGAACUAGCUUCUGAUUACGUCUUCAUCAGACAACAAUCAAUCUGUUUCUUUCUCUCUAUCUGAGGUAUAUUUGCUGUCAAGACUAAAGCUCCGAUUUUUCGUCUCUUCAAUUUUGCUUGCUUGCUUGAUCGAUCUCGGUUUGGAUAGCUCAGACUUAUAGCUUUUUUUAUACCCACCCAGUUGGUUAGAUUAGGGCAAAGCUUGAUAUGUCAUUAGUGUAUCGCAUUUCAUUUAGGGUGUGGAGCUGAAGGGGUUGAGAUUUGAAUGGCAUUGGGGGACUUGAUGGCGUCUCAGUUUUCUCAAUCAUUAGUUCCUUUAACAAAUCAUCUGGAGGAGUGUUUGAGCCGUGAUGAAGUAGAUAUUUUAGGACAGAGACGGGAUAGGGAUGCUGAAAAUGCGAGUACUAGUAUUGUCAAUGCUACAGCUGCAACUGCUCCAACAAGUUUGGCAUAUUUGCCUCAGACUCUGGUUUUAUGUGAACUCAGGCAUGAGUCUUUCGAAACUUAUGUUCCUUCUGGUCCAUCAGAAAGUGGGUUGAUCUCGAAAUGGUGGCCCAAGGAUAGGAUGAAGACGGGUUGUGUUGCACUUGUACUUUGCUUGAACAUCAGUGUUGAUCCGCCUGAUGUAAUUAAGAUAUCUCCCUGUGCUAGAAUGGAGUGCUGGAUAGAUCCAUUUUCUAUGGCACCCCAGAAAGCACUUGAAGCAAUUGGAAAAAACUUGAGUCUUCAGUAUGAGAGGUGGCAACCCAGGGCUCGGUACAAGCCUCAGCUAGAUCCUACUGUGGAGGAAGUGAAAAAACUCUGUACUACAUGUCGGAAAUAUGCAAAGACAGAGAGAGUUCUCUUCCACUACAAUGGUCAUGGUGUACCCAAACCAACUCCAAAUGGUGAAAUUUGGCUCUUCAACAAGGUUUCAGAAACGAGUUAUACUCAAUAUAUCCCGCUGCAAAUAAGUGAGCUUGAUUCGUGGCUGAAGACACCUUCAAUAUAUGUUUUUGACUGCUCUGCUGCAGGGAUGAUUGUUAGUGCUUUUGCAGAGCUUCAAGAUUUGAGUGCUUCUAGUUCAAGUGGAACUACCACUCCUACAAGGGAUUGUAUUCUGCUUGCAGCAUGUGAUGCACACGAGACUCUUCCCCAAAGUGCUGAAUUUCCUGCUGAUGUUUUCACAUCCUGCCUCACAACGCCAAUCAAGAUGGCUUUGAGAUGGUUUUGUACUCGUUCGUUGCUCCGUGGAUCUCUAAACUACUCCCUUAUAGAUAGAAUUCCAGGGCGCCAAAAUGAUCGCAAGACACUUUUAGGUGAAUUAAAUUGGAUUUUCACGGCAGUGACCGACACAAUUGCCUGGAAUGUACUCCCACAUGAGACCUUCCAAAAACUGUUUAGGCAGGAUCUUUUAGUUGCCAGUUUGUUUCGAAACUUUCUACUGGCUGAGAGGAUCUUGCGGACUGCAAAUUGCACUCCAAUUUCAUUUCCUAGUUUGCCUCCAACUCAUCAGCACCAUAUGUGGGAUUCAUGGGACAUGGCUGCUGAAAUAUGCCUUUCUCAGCUACCAGGUUUAGUUGAGGAUCCAAAUGCUGAGUUCCAGCCAAGCCCCUUUUUCACAGAACAGUUGACAGCUUUUGAGGUGUGGCUUGAUCAUGGAUCAGAACACAAGAAGCCACCUGAACAGCUGCCCAUUGUUCUUCAGGUUUUACUCAGCCAAUAUCAUCGAUUUCGAGCCUUGGUGCUUCUGGGAAGAUUCCUUGAUAUGGGAUCAUGGGCCGUAGAUCUUGCUUUAUCUGUUGGGAUAUUCCCAUACGUUUUGAAGCUUUUGCAAACAACUACACCAGAGCUACGACAAAUUCUUGUAUUCAUUUGGACAAAGAUUCUUGCUCUUGACAAGUCAUGCCAAGUGGAUCUUGUGAAGGAUGGAGGACACACAUAUUUUAUAAGGUUUCUUGAUAGCAUGGAGGCAUUUCCAGAACAGCGAGCAAUGGCUGCAUUUGUUCUUGCAGUCAUUGUGGAUGGGCACAGACGAGGCCAGGAAGCCUGCAUUGAAGCUGGUUUGCUACAUGUUUGCUUGAAGCACCUUCAGUCUUCGUCUGGUGUUUCUUCACAAAGUGAAACACAAACCGAACCUUUAUUUCUUCAAUGGCUUUGUCUUUGCCUGGGAAAGUUGUGGGAGGAUUUCACUGAGGCACAAAUAGUUGCUCUGCAGGCAGAAGCUCCUGCUGUAUUUGCACACUUACUUUCUGAACCCCAACCCGAGGUAAGAGCUUCAGCUGUAUUUGCUCUAGGAACCCUGCUUGAUGUUGGAUUUGAUUCAUCAAGAGAGGGUGGUGUUGGAGGUGAUGAAGAUUGUGAUGAUGAUGAAAAAAGUAAAGCUGAGGUUAGCAUUAUCAAAUGCCUUCUAAAUGUUGUUUCAGAUGGAAGCCCACUUGUACGAGCUGAAGUUGCUGUAGCUCUAGCACGCUUUGCCUUUGGGCACAACAAGCAGUUGAAGGCAAUUGCUGCUGCAUAUUGGAAGAAGCCUCAGCCUAACUCCGUCCUUAGUUCCCUACCUUCAUUUGCCAUGAAGAGUACUAGCGGUUAUACCACUCCAACUCAGUAUGUCCAGCAUGGUACGAUGGGUCCCUCACAAAUUGGUCCUGUUUUUAGAAGUGGAGAUAGCCAAGCUAUAGUUCGAGAUGGGCGAGUCUCCACUAGCAGUCCACUUACAUCUUCUGGAGUAAUGCAUGGGUCACCUGUAUCAGAUGAUUCAUCUCAGCAUUCUGAUUCUGGGAUAUUUAAUGAUUGCUUGAGCAAUGGGGUGGCAAGUGCAAGGCAAAGGCCUCUAGACAAUGCAUUAUAUGCACAAUGUGUGCUUGCUAUGCUUACAUUAGCCAAGGAUCCUUCUCCUCGCAAUGCUAGUCUUGGUAGAAGAGUACUUUCCAUUAUAGGGAUUGAACAAGUGGUGACAAAAUCUGUGAAGCCAAGUGGCAAUAUGGCUAGACUGAGUGACUCAAUUGCUCCUUCACCUAGUCUUGCUGGCCUUGCACGAUCUUCUUCAUGGUUUGAUAUGAGUGGAGGUCAUUUGCCACUUACUUUUAGGACUCCUCCUGUUAGUCCGCCUCGACCCAGUUACUUACCUGGAAUCCGAAGAGUUUGUUCACUAGAGUUCAGACCACACAUCAUGAAUUCUCCGGAUACAGGAUUGGCUGAUCCACUCUUAAGUGCUGUUGGGUCAGAUGCAGCAUCUGAUAGAAGUUUUCUUCCGCAGUCAACAAUAUAUAGUUGGAGUUGUGGUCAUUUUUCGAAGCCUAUACUUACAGCAGCUGAUGACAGCGAAGAAGUAAUGGUCAGAAGAGAAGAAAGAGAAAAAUUUGCUCUGGACCACAUAGCAAAGUGUCAACAUUCUUCUGUCAGCAGCUUGCAGAAUCAAAUAGCUAGCUGGGAUACAAAAUUUGAAACAGGUACCAGAGCAAUUUUGCUGCAUCCUUUCUCUCCAGUUGUAAUUGCUGCAGACGAUACUGAACGAAUCAGGAUAUGGAAUUAUGAGGAGGCUACUUUGAUGAAUAGCUUUGACAAUCAUGGUCUUAUUGACAAAGGAAUUUCAAAAUUGUGCCUUGUUAAUGAGCUUGAUGACAGUCUACUUCUUGCUGCUUCAUGUGAUGGGAAUAUCAGAAUUUGGAAGGAUUACAAUUUAAGGGGCAAGCAGAAACUUGUAACUGCAUUCUCUUCAAUUCAUGGUCAUAGGCCUGGUGUGCGCAAUGAUAAUGUGGUUGUGGAUUGGCAGCAGCAACCUGGUUAUCUGUAUUCAUCUGGUGAAACAUCAUCCAUUAUGGUCUGGGAUCUGGAGAAAGAACAGCUUGUACAUUCUAUUCCGUCAUUAUCGGAUUGCAGCAUAUCAGCAUUGUCCGCCUCACAAGUCCAUCCUGGACAUUUCGCUGCUGGAUUUUUGGAUGGUUCUGUGAGGCUUUAUGAUAUUAGGGCACCUGAGAUGCUUAUUUGUACAUCCCGGCCACACACACAGAGAGUGCGAGUUGUAGGCAUUGGUUUUCAACCAGGGUUUGAGCAUGGAAAGAUUGUGAGUGCAUCGCAAGCAGGUGAUAUUCAGUUCAUUGAUAUAAGAUGGCCAAAGGAUGCCUACUUAACAAUAGACGCACACAGGGGGUCUCUUACUGCUUUAGCUGUGCAUCGUCAUGCACCCCUUAUUGCAAGUGGCUCGGCAAAACAGCUCAUAAAAGUGUUCAAUUUAGAGGGUGAACAAUUAGGCAGCAUUAAAUACCUCUCAACAUUUAUGGCACAGAAAAUAGGUUCAGUAAGCUGUCUUGCCUUUCAUCCUUAUGAAGUGUUGUUAGCAGCCGGAGCUGCAGAUGCAUGCGUUUCUGUUUACGCCGAUGAAAUCGCUCCAGGCAGAUGAUUUAAUAUUAUUAUUAUAUUGGGUUGGAGAGAAAAGAAAAUAACAGUGAAGGAAAACCAUCAUAUACAUAAUUCAGAAGAAGAAGAGUUUGCCGGAUUUUAAUCUUCACAUUUCUUCAACCCUAGUUACUACAACUACUAGACGUUUGCCCCCUUGUAUCUUAAAUAUUCGUUUAGCCUCGCUCUUUCUCCAAUGAAGAAGAAUGGUUCAUAUAAACAAAAGUUGUGAAGAAGAAGAUGAAUGAAUCCAGAUUCCAGCUCUAUAUACUCUACAACAAUUACUACUGUUGGUGGUGCAGGCUUUGACAAAUAAUUUGAUGUGCCUACUGUAAAUACCUUCCUCCUUUUUUUUUCUUUUUCUUUUCUUCUAUUGCUUUCUUCUCUCUAUCUUUCUUUCUUACUUUCUUACUUUCUUUAGGUGUGUCUUUUUCUUUUUCAAUUGAUUUCUUUGGUUGUUCUUAGUCCAUAUUCAAUCAUGUUCAAUUUGUAAAAGAAGCAGGGGAAUUAUUUGUCAUUGUUAUAAUUUGAAUCUGGUGUUGACA